UGCGAUUAUAUUAUGGCUAACUCUCAUAUAUUGGAUUAUGAUCAAGUCAGUCGGUUGGACGAAAUUUUGACUCAAGUGAUAUCCAUCGAUGGAGUUGGAAAUUUUCCUUCAUUGGAAGUCCGUCCAUAUCAAUUUGUCAAUUUAAUAUUGAAGAAACUGGCAAUCCACGGUAUACAUUUGUAUGAUGUUCGUUUGAAUGGUAGUGGUGCUAGCUUCGCCUUAGGUGGUCACGAAGCGCCUACAUACCACGAUAUCGAUGUUAUCUUUCGCGUCAAAAUGGAUGAUCAAGAAGAGAUGGAUAAGGUCAAGCAAAUCGUUCUUGAUGCCUUACUCGAUUCACUACCGAAUGAUGUAGUCAAAGAUAGAUUGACUGAUACAACAUUGCAGUCUGCCUAUGUUCGCAAAAUGGUGAAAGUGAUCAAAGAAAUGGAUUGUUGGUCGUUAAUUUCCUUGUAUAAUAACAACGGAAAAAAUUUCGAAUUGAAAUUUGUCGAUCGUAUGAGACGUCAAUAUGAAUUUUCUGUCGAUUCCUUUCAAAUUAUUUUGGAUUCAAUGUUGGAACAUUACAAAUCAUCAUGUUAUGAAAUGUGUCGUAACAUUUUUCCAACUGUUAUUGGUGAAUCGGUAUAUGGUGAUUUUGCUUUGGCCUUAAGCCAUCUAAAAAAUCGUUAUAUCGUCACUCAUAAACCUGAGGAAAUUCGUGGUGGUGGUUUACUAAAAUACUGCAAUUUGUUAGUUCACGGUUUCGUGCCUAUAGAUACCGAUCAUUUGCGAAGUUUAGAACGUUAUAUGUGCAGUCGAUUUUUUAUCGAUUUCGCCGAUGUCCAGACACAAUGGCAAAAAUUACAAAGUUACGUCGCAGACCAUUUUAUUGGUGAAGAUCACCAUAAAUUGGAAUUUCUAAAGACACUAUACAAUGUUAUUGGUAAUUCAACUGUUUGCUUGAUGCGCCAUGAACGUUGGCAAACAUUGGACAUGAUCGAUUAUUUA